CACGUGAGUGGAGUGAAUCGUACGUUGCCCCAUGCUGCAGGAGUCUGCCCCCGCAACUCACAACAGUGGCGUCGCCUACCAACACCCCAGCGCGACAACCGCCCCUGCGGGUUCUACAGCUGCAACAACUACCACCCACACGUCACUCCCUCACCCCCAGGAUCACCCACGGACACCCGCGACAAACCCGGCUACUUCAAUUUAACUGCAACGGACUCCAGAGUAAGAUCGAGGAGAUAGUUGCACUUAUGAAUCGGGAACGUGUAUCGAUAGCUGCGGUCCAAGAAACCAAGCUAAACAGCCGCUCAGAUCUUCUGAGUUGUGCCGGUUUCAACGUAAUACGUAAAGAUCGCGAGCGAGAUAAUGGUGGUGGCCUAGCCUUCAUAUUGCACAACACCGUGCAGUAUCGCCUAAUCGAUGAAGACAUCGACCCCAGGGAUACUACCCUAAAAUGUCAGGGUGCAGCUAUCCGGUCAGGCGAUGUCGAGCACGAAAUAUUCAAUAUAUACAUCCCCCCAGUUACAUGUUGCCCAACAGGAUAUCACCCGAAUAUAGGUGCACUACUUCGUGGUGAAAACCGUUUGGUACUAGGCGACUUUAACGCGCACUACGAUCUUUGGCAUUCCUGCCUGUCAAAUGAUCGUAGGGGGAUGGAGCUGGCGGAACAGAUUGACGAUUCGACAUUCUGCACAAUUAAUGACGAAGGCCCCACCAGAGUUAUGAGCACCUGUAAUAGCUCGCCGGAUAUUACCAUUGCUAGCGGUGGUCCGAUAAACAGCAUAACCUGGCGACCUACGCUAACUCUCGCAUCAGAUCAUCUGCCCAUAAUUAUUUCGAUCGAGAAGCCUCCUGAUUUUGUUUCUGGGGACAACCGCACCUACAUUAACUUUGACAAAGCUAAUUGGGUCGGCUUCACAGAAUUUACUGAGAACACCUUCAACGCUCUACCUAUUCCUAUAGACGUAUGCGUUGGCGAACGUCAAUUCCGCAAGGUGAUCGCAGCAGCUACCGCCCGCUUCAUCCCGGCUGGAAGAAUAGCGGAAAUCCGCCCCAAUUUCGAUUGGGCUGAAGCAGCCGUUUUAGCUAAUGAGCGCGACACCUUACGCCAUGCCGAUCCCGGGGAUCCCCGAAUAAGGGAUCUCAAUUUGGAGAUUCGGCGUAUGGUAAACCAACAUAAGCGGACGAAAUGGAUAGAGCACCUGAAGUCCUGUAGCCUCUCCACCGGUGUGAGUAAGCUUUGGGCUACUGUCAAAGCUUUGUCAAACCCGAAGAGACAUGACGACCGAGUUGAAGUUCAAUUCAAUGGUCAUACUUCUAUGGACCCGAAGAAGUGCGCGAGCUAUUUUAGCCGGCAGUUCACACUGCACCCUUCGGUAGACAAAGCUAAACGAUGUGUUAACCGACGACUGCGCAAAAUGCCAAACGACGGCGCGCCACUUACUUUCACCGAUGAGGAGGUUCGGGGUGUCAUCAAAAAGGCAAAAUCUUCCAAAUCCCUUGGCCCUGAUGGAAUCAACAUGCUAAUGCUAAAGCAUUCAGGCUCGACGGGAGUAGGAUAUCUCAUCAAGGUCCUCAAUCUGUCGCUGACCACUCUUUAAAUACGCGAUGUGUGGAAAGUCGGAAGAGUGGUCGGAAGUCGGAAGAGUGGGAAACCCGCCAACAAAGGGGAAUCUUAUCGACCGAUAACUCUCCUCUCCCCAGUAGUGAAGACACUUGAGGCCUUGCUCCUCCCGAACUUCACUCACCACCUGAGCCUAGCGAGCCACCAGGAUGGAUUCCGAAAAGUGCACAGCACCACCACAGCCUUAGCGUCAUAAACGCUCAGAUAGUUCGUGGCCUGAACCAGAAACCACCCUGCGAAAGAACGAUCCUCGUAGCGUUGGACCUGUCAAAAGCUUUUGACACGGUCAAUCACACAACGCAAAUGCAGGACAUUGAAACAACUACGCUCCCUCCAGGGCUAAAGAGGUGGACCAUGAACUAUUUGAGCGGUCGCCAGUCAUCCGUACUAUUUCGAGGUGAAACAUCUAAACUGAGAAGAAUUAAACAGGGGGUUCCGCAGGGUGGUGUCCUCUCCCCGCUACUGUUUAAUUUCUACAUCUUAAAACUCCCACAACUACCAGAGGGAGUUUCCAUAACCUCUUACGCUGAUGACUGCACGAUAUUGGUGUCGGGUAAUGGAAUCGAUGGCAUGUGUUCGAAGGUAAACAGCUACCUCUCCGACCUUUCUCGUUUCCUCACUGCACGAAUUCUCACACUUUCCCCCACCAAAUCCACAGCGACUAUAUGCACAAACUGGACGAAGGAGUAUAGACUUGAGCUUAAUAUUGCAGUCGACGGCGUCAAAAUUCCGACUGCCAAUAAUCCUAAGAUUUUAGGUGUAACAUUCGACAGUCUAUGCUUCUUCUCUCCUCAUACGACAGCGAUUAUCGCCAAGGUACAGAGCCGCAACAAAAUCCUCAAGUCGCUAGCCAGCAGCACAUGUGGAAAAGACAAAGAAACGUUGUUGGCAACAUACAAGGCAAUCGGCCGGCCGGUCCUCAAUUACGCAGCACCCAUAUGGUCGCCUGGAUGCAGUGGCACGCAGAUGAGGAAACUUCAGACCUGUCAAAACACUGCACUCCGGACCACUACGGGAUGUCUUUUGAUGUCUCCCGUUGAACACCUCCACAGUGAGACGCUUAUGCUCCCAGUUAAGGAGCAUAAUGAACUCCUCUC